CUAGACAGGCGUACUACUCUGUAUCUCGAUAUGUUUAUGCUGUAUCUGUUACCACGGCGCUAUGUUCCCGAUGGUUCUGUUGAAACGGAAAAAAUAGUAUGGCCGAGUAGCGGGCAUGAUGCGGAUUGCGGAGAGAGAAACACAGUUCACGUUGACUGCUUUCUUUACGAUGAUAACGCCUUGCAAGAAAUGAUAAAUGCCGGGAAGUUGAGAUACUGUGUGGACUGCGGCUCGAGAAAUGUCAAGGAUUUGAACUUCAUAAGUCACAGUUUAGCCCAUUGUCAGUUGGAAUUCAUCUUUACCCAGCUUGUUCCAUUGAAAUCACAGCCAGAAGGAUUUCACGUGUUAGAUAUCGGUUCUCGACUUGGAGCAGUCAUAUAUGCCGCUUCUCUGUAUGGUUGCGGAAAGGUAUCGGUAACCGGAGUGGAGCUCAACGAGGAAUUGGUCAAGCUCCAGAAAGAAGUUAUCCGCAAUUUUGACCUCCAGAAUAUAGAAGUUGUUUGUGCGGAUGUUCGCGCUGAGCCAAACCUUGUUAGCCGUGCUGACCUUAUCGUUAUGAACAAUGUGUUCUCAUUUUUCAUGGAAGCUGAUGAACAGGCUGCCUGUUUCGAAUUUGUUCACCAACACGCUAAGAAAGGGUGCUUGAUAGUACAUAAUCCUGAAAUAGAGACAGUUCUAGCUCACUUAAGACUGUCCUUCACUGCAGAAGAGUGGCUCGAGAAGGUGAGUGCACUUUCUGAUUGGCUGAAAGUACUUCUCAACCCGGUAUUCUUGGUUCAGAUUCCGAUUAAUGAAGAUUGUGAAAUGUUUGCGAGUGGAGACAAAGACGUUCUGUCAGACUGCGAAACGCUCGGUUUUUAUAGAGUUCGUUAA